AUGGUUCAGUGGCAUCAAGUGGAGCUUGCACUUGCACAAUGCUCCUACAACCAAGCACUUGACAAGUUGGAGGGCUUGGUCAUGCAGUGCUUGUUUGAGAUGGAGAAGCUAAAUCUUUGUGGAACAGUGUGCCAAGGAGGAAUCAAGCACCUGAACAUUGAAGUCUGGCGCUUGUGGAUGUUCUUGCAUUUCAAGCUGCAUGCCAUCCUUGCAAGAAUCAAGCAAGCAGAAGCACAUGGCCAACUGCUUCUGGCAAGCGAGAUGAGCUUGUGGCUUGGGCAGCUUCUUCAAACACAUCGGCACAUCUGCCAGCACUUGUUGAUGCUCUCCAACUUGGAUGGUUUCACCAGUGAUCAAUCAAUUGGCAUCCGCAUGGGCACCUAUGAGUGGCAAGACAUGUUCUACCCACCAGCUCAAGAAGAUGCAAGUUUGCCCAAAGUCAAGGAAGAAGAAGAUGCAUGGGAAGACAUGCAGGAGGGCAAUCUUGAAGAUCAGGGGGAGAUUGAUGAUGAUCUCUUGGAUGAGUUUGACCACCUGAAUUCUGCCUUCUCCCACUUGUCCAUCCACAGCAGGUAG